AUGGAGGGUGGGGCCAGCUCACCUACUGCAGUGUCCAGUGAGGGACAGGGCCAGUGUGGGGCACAAUGUGUGCAGCAUGGCCUCUCCAUUUCAACACGUGGUUCCUAUGACCCUCUGUGGAGAAAGUAUGUUUUUAACACCGUGUACAACAGUGAUGAUAACGUGUUUGUGGGGGCCCCCACGGGCAGCGGGAAGACCAUCUGUGCAGAGUUUGCCAUCCUGCGGAUGCUGCUGCAGAAUUCUGAGGGGCGCUGUGUCUACAUUACCCCCAUGGAGGCUCUGGCAGAGCAGGUGUACAUGGACUGGUAUGAGAAGUUUCAGGACAGGCUCAACAAGAAGGUGGUGCUGCUGACGGGGGAGACUAGCACAGACUUGAAGCUUCUGGGCAAAGGCAACAUCAUCAUCAGUACCCCUGAGAAGUGUGACAUCCUUUCCUGGAGGUGGAAGCAGCGCAAGAAUGUCCAGAAUAUUAACCUCUUUGUGGUGGAUGAGGUCCACCUUAUUGGGGGCGAGAAUGGGCCUGUCUUGGAAGUGAUCUGCUCCCGGAUGCGCUACAUCUCCUCCCAGAUUGAGCAGCCCAUUCGCAUUGUGGCACUUAGCUCAUCCCUCUCCAAUGCCAAGGAUGUGGCUCAUUGGCUGGGCUGCAGUGACUUCCACCCUAAUGUGCGCCCUGUACCUUUAGAAUUGCACAUCCAGGGCUUCAACAUCAGCCGUACCCAGACUCUCCUGCUGUCUAUGGCCAAGCCUGUGUACCAUGCUAUCACCAAACACUCACCCAAGAAGCCUGUCAUCGUUUUUGUCCCAUCUCGCAAGCAGACCCGUCUCACCGCGAUAGACAUCCUCACUACCUGUGCAGCAGACAUCCAGCGGCAGAGGUUCUUACACUGUACUGAGAAGGAUCUGAUCCCUUACCUGGAGAAGUUAAGUGACAGCACGCUCAAGGAGACACUGCUAAAUGGGGUGGGCUACCUACAUGAAGGGCUGAACCCCAUGGAGAGGCACCUGGUAGAGCAGCUCUUCAGCUCAGGGGUGAUCCAGGUGGUGGUGGCUUCUCGAAGUCUCUGCUGGGGUAUGAAUGUUGCUGCUCAUCUAGUGAUCAUCAUGGAUACGCAGUACUACAAUGGCAAGAUCCAUGCCUAUGUGGACUACCCCAUCUAUGAUGUGCUUCAGAUGGUGGGCCAUGCCAACCGCCCCCUGCAGGAUGACGAGGGGCGCUGUGUCAUCAUGUGUCAAGGCUCUAAAAAGGAUUUUUUCAAAAAGUUUUUAUAUGAGCCAUUGCUGGUAGAGUCUCACCUGGACCACUGUAUGCAUGACCACUUCAAUGCUGAGAUAGUCACCAAGACCAUUGAGAACAAGCAGGAUGCUGUGGACUACCUCACCUGGACCUUUUUGUAUCGCCGAAUGACACAGAACCCCAAUUACUACAACCUUCAGGGCAUAUCUCAUCGUCACUUGUCUGACCACUUGUCAGAGCUGGUGGAGCAGACCCUCAGUGACCUGGAGCAGUCCAAAUGCAUCAGCAUUGAGGAUGAGAUGGAUGUGGCCCCUCUGAACCUGGGCAUGAUUGCUGCCUACUAUUACAUAAACUACACCACCAUCGAGCUCUUCAGCAUGUCUCUCAAUGCUAAAACCAAGUUUCGAGGACUUAUUGAGAUUAUUUCCAACGCGGCAGAAUAUGAGAACAUUCCCAUCAGGCAUCAUGAAGACAACCUGCUACGCCAGUUGGCUCAGAAGGUUCCCCACAAGCUGAAUAACCCCAAGUUCAAUGAUCCGCAUGUGAAGACCAACCUGCUGCUGCAGGCUCACCUGUCCCGAAUGCAGCUGAGUGCUGAACUGCAGUCAGACACGGAGGAAAUCCUUAGUAAGGCAAUCCGGCUCAUUCAGGCCUGUGUGGAUGUACUCUCUAGCACUGGGUGGCUCAGCCCUGCUCUGGCAGCCAUGGAACUGGCUCAGAUGGUCACCCAAGCCAUGUGGUCUAAGGACUCCUAUCUGAAGCAGCUGCCACACUUCACCUCAGAGCAUAUCAAAUGUUGCACAGAUAAGGGAGUGGAGAGUGUUUUUGACAUCAUGGAGAUGGAGGAUGAAGAACUGAACGCAUUGCUUCAGUUGACUGACAGCCAGAUCGCAGAUGUGGCCCGCUUUUGUAACCGCUACCCGAAUAUUGAACUGUCCUAUGAAGUGGUGGAUAAAGACAGCAUCCGCAGUGGCGGGCCAGUUGUGGUGCUAGUGCAACUGGAGCGACAGGAGGAAGUCACAGGCCCUGUUAUUGCACCUCUCUUCCCACAGAAACGUGAAGAGGGCUGGUGGGUUGUGAUUGGAGAUGCCAAGUCCAACAGCCUCAUCUCCAUCAAGAGGCUGACCCUUCAGCAGAAAGCCAAGGUGAAGCUAGACUUUGUGGCCCCAGCCACAGGUGGCCACAACUAUACCCUGUACUUCAUGAGUGAUGCAUACAUGGGAUGUGACCAGGAGUAUAAAUUCAGUGUGGAUGUGAAAGAAGCUGAAACAGACAGUGAUUCAGAUUGAGUCUGAGGCAUUCUCUCAUGUGUGGGGACAUUGAACCUGGAAACAGGAAUGUGGACAGAUCAGGGGGAACUGGUUUUGGAAACCAGGUCUGUCAGCCUGAGGUCUGGCCGUUCAGGUUGCUGCUGUUCCCAGUUACUUUCCUACUCUGGACCAAGCAGUUUAAGCUCUGGGUCCAGUAUUUUCAAGUGUCACAUC